CAGCACCAGCGCAACACAGCGAUGCUCCAGCCUGAUCUUGUGUUUUUUUAUCGUUUGGAGAAGACUUGUUUACGAAGACCAUUAGAUUAUCGAUUCACGUGUUGAUUGGUGCUUUCUCCACCGUGUCAUACACAUAAUACGAGACGCGGAUGUAGAGAUGAUAUAUAGGUCUGACAGGAAUCAAUCUCUGUUAUUCAUAGUCCAGGAUUUGCCAGAGCGCAUAAAAAUCCUUUACAUCAGGAUUGAUCGGGGAUUGUGUAUUUUUUAUUGCGGUUUCGGAGGUUUAAAGAGGCGUAUAAAGGUGUAAGACUCUGUUCAGUGGGAUGCACAUCAGUGCUUUGCCGUGUUCUCUCUCCGUUAUAAUGGCGGCUCUUUAUCAGGGCACGGAUAAGUCCUCUCCGGAUAAAUAUCUGGCGUUGAAGGACGUCAGAGAGGUGAAGGAAGAGACCACUCUUGAUGAGAAGCUCUUUCUGCUGGCCUGCGAGAAGGGGGACUACUACAUGGUGAAGAAGCUUCUUGAGGAGAAGCGACAUGGUGAAUUAAACAUUAAUUGUGUGGAUGUGCUGGGGAGGGAUGCCGUCACUAUUUCAAUUGAAAAUGAGAAUCUAGACAUAUUGCAGUUGCUGCUGGACCACGGCUGCCAGGCCACAGAUGCAUUAUUAGUGGCUAUCGAUUCAGAAGUUGUAGGAGCUGUUGACAUCCUGCUAAAUCAUCGUCCCAGACGCUCUUCCAAGCCUUCUAUUGCGAAACUGAUACAGCGCAUCCAAAACCCAGAGUAUUCCACCACCAUGGAUGUUGCUCCAGUUAUUCUUGCUGCCCACAGGAACAAUUAUGAGAUUUUGACGAUGCUCUUGAAGCAGGACAUCUCUCUGCCCCGACCUCAUGCUGUAGGCUGUGAGUGCACCCUCUGUAAUGCCAAGAACAAGAAGGACAGUCUUCGUCACUCAAGGUUUCGUCUAGAUAUCUACCGGUGCCUCGCCAGCCCAUCGCUGAUCAUGCUGACAGAGAACGAUCCCAUUCUGAGAGCGUUUGAACUCAGCGCUGACCUGAAAGAGCUGAGUCUGGUGGAGGUGGAGUUUCGGAAUGAUUAUGAAGAACUAGCCAAGCAGUGCAAGAUGUUCGCCAAGGACCUGCUGGCUCAGGCCCGCAACUCACGUGAGCUGGAGGUGAUCCUGAACCACACCUCCAAUGAAGACCAUAUUAACAAGAGAGGCCUGAUGGAGGAGCGCAUGAACCUCAGUCGCCUCAAACUGGCCAUCAGAUACAACCAAAAGGAGUUCGUUGCGCAGUCCAACUGUCAGCAGUUCUUGAACACGGUGUGGUUUGGUGAGAUGGCAAGUUACCGACGCAAGCACUCAGGCUUGAAGAUCCUGUCUGUUUUGAGCGUGGCGCUGCUGUGGCCCUUGCUGUCCGUCUGCUACCUGCUGGGGCCUCGUUCCCGCGUGGGCCAGGUCAUACACACGCCAUUUAUCAAGUUCAUCAUCCAUAGCGCCUCCUACUUCACCUUUCUGCUGCUUCUAAACCUUUACUCACUGGUCUACAAUGAAGGUAAGAAGAAUACCAUGGGCCCUGCUCUGGAGUUGAUUGACUACCUUCUUAUCCUGUGGAUCAUAGGCAUGGUGUGGUCAGAUGUGAAGCGUCUGUGGUAUGGGGGAUUGGAGGACUUCUUGGAGGAGUCACGGAACCAGCUGAGUUUCGUCAUGAAUUUACUUUAUCUGGCCACCUUUGCCCUGAAAGUAGUAGCUCACAGCAAGUGUAAAGACAUAGAGGUGGAGAGGAAGGAUUGGGAUGCGUUUCACCCCAUACUGAUCGCCGAGGGACUCUUUGCUUUUGCCAAUGUUUUGAGCUACCUGCGUCUCUUCUUCAUGUACACCACCAGCUCCAUCUUGGGGCCUUUACAGAUGUCCAUGGGCCAGAUGCUUCAAGAGUUUGGGAAAUUUCUUGGCUUGUUCAUGCUGGUGCUCAUAUCCUUCACGAUUGGCCUGACACAGUUGUAUGGAAAAGACCAGAAGGAUCCGUCCACAAGAAAAAAUGAAAGCAAAGAAUGCGAGGGCAUUUUCUGUCAACAGCAGAGCAACGACACCUUUCAUACGUUUAUAGGGACAUGUUACGCUCUCUUCUGGUAUAUUUUCUCCCUGGCACACGUGGCUCUGUUCGUCACGAGGAUCAGCUACACGGAAGAACUGCGUUCAUUUGUGGGAGCUCUCAUCGUUGGUACAUACAACAUUGUUGUAGUCAUCGUUCUUACCAAGCUUCUGGUGGCUAUGCUGCACAAGAGCUUCAGACAAAUCGCUAACCAUGAAGACAAGGAGUGGAAGUUUGCCCGUGCUAAGCUGUGGCUCAGCUACUUCGAUGACAAGUGCACCAUGCCUCCACCCUUCAACAUCCUCCCCUCACCCAAGACUGUGUGUUAUCUAGUGAUCAGCUUGAGCAAAUGGAUCUGUUCUCACACCUCCACCGGCAAGGUCAAGAGACAAAACAGCCUCAAGGAAUGGAGGAAUCUGAAGCAGAAAAGAGAUGAGAACUACCAGAAGAUCAUCUGCUGUCUAGUGCACCGCUAUCUGACGUCCACACGGCAGAACAUGCAAAGCACAGACCAGGCCACCGUUGAGAACCUCAAUGAUCUGCGGCAAGACCUCUCUAAGUUCCGCAAUGAAAUGAGGGACCUUUUGGGUUUCCGCACCUCCAAAUAUGCCAUGUUCUACCCCAGAAGCUAAGCCAUGACCAUUGACCCAGCAUGCUCGGCAACGCUUUUCAGCUGUUUCUUUGGAAGAUGUAUAGUGACAAAACUGUCCUGGGACUAUACUGGAAUUAUAUUACAUUCUGUUUAUUCUAGUACAAACCUUCAUCGUAACUUAUGUAAUAAUCUUGUAUCCUUCUUGUUUUCUAAAAGUGUUAUUCUUUUCAAAUAAAUAACAUUGAUU